CAUUUAAGAACUACAAUUGCCAGAAUGCACUGUAGCAUACACAUGGUGCGCGGCAGCUUUUGACACACUCGCGGGAAUUUAAUGUAAUCAAUGCUUUUGUUUCUACAUUUGAAACAACCUACAAUAAGUCACUACGUGUGUUUCAUUGAACUUCACAGUUAUGGCUGAAUGUCCAGCAAGUAUUGUAUUGCGAAGUGAAGGAGUCGAGAGCUCAAACAUCGAAAAAGAGAGUGGGGAGAAGCUUCUCCCCAAUCUACAGAAACUGUUUGAGUCAGAACUGUCCGAAUCUUGUGUGCCAAGUCUGGAAACCGUUGACCCAAGGGCAAACUCAAAGAGCGAUGAAAAGGAGAGUGAUGAGAAGCUUGCAGACAAUCCACAGAAAUUCUCAGAAUCUUGUGUGCCAUGUAAGGGACCGUUUGACCCAAAGGCAAACUUAAAGUGGGAGGUAGGGUCCCACUGCAAGGCUGUGUGGUCACAGGAUGGGCGGGUUUAUCCUGCCACCCUGGUCUGGUUGGAGGGAGAGCGCUGCAAGGUGAAGUUUGACAACUAUGGAAACGAGGAAGAGAUGGACCUGAGCGCCAUGCUACCUGAAGCUGCUGACCAGCCCCGGAAGGAGAAACGGAGCGAUGAAAAGGAGAGCGAUGAGAAGCUUGCAGACAAUCCACAGAAACUGAUGGAAUCGAAACUCUCAGAAUCUGAUGUGCCAAAUAAGGGACCGGUUGACCCAAAGGCAAACUCAAAAGUGUGGAUGCUGGGUUCCCGGUGCCGUGCUGUGUACUCAGAGGAUGGCCUGGUCUACCCAGCGGUACUGGUGUGGAUGAGAGGCGAACGCUGCCGGGUGAAGUUUGAAGGCUACGGGAACGAGGAGGAGCUGGAGCUGAGCACCCUGCUAUCGCCAGAUGACCUGGGACGACACUGUGGAAGAGCUACUGCCAAGGCUGUGGAAGGGUUCAGGUCCACUAGUAACAACAGCGCAGACUGGAAGAAGGAUAGAGAGUGGAGGACACCUCAACAAGAGGGACGAGAGGAGCCUUCCUCACCUCGGCCACUUGAGUUUCCUCCAGGAAAAGGCUAUAACCUUGGCAAUGAGCAGGGGGAUAAGAAGAAGCCAAGUAGUCAGAAAGAGGAACCAAAUGGCCGGAGUCGGGAACCAAAUGAUCACCCCUUUCCUUUUUUUCCUCCAGUGCCACCACCCAAUGGGUCUUUGGACUUCCUGUCACUCCUGCCUCCUCCUCCACCUCCACCGUGUGUAUGGCCCCCCCGAGCAGGGCUGGUGGAUGCUGGCGAUGGGCUAGACUCGGCCGUUACAGACUUAUCCAGCAUGCUGCUCUCCUGGUACCUGUGUGGCUACCACACUGGCUGCUACAUGGCAAUGCAGCAGACAGCGGCAAGUCGCAAGAGGGCUCAUAAAGAGAAACGGGCAGAGGAAUAGGGUUGGUUUAAGACCCUAGAAUGGGGAAGAAGACGAAAAGAGCUGUUCUCUUGAAACAGGACGAGUUCCAAAGACCGAAUGUUCUUGUACUACACAGAGGUAGUCCAGUUGGGGCUCUGUGUCUGAUGCAUUGCAGUUGUCAGGUUUUUUUCUUACUGAAGAUGGGUGUCGUGACCAGAAGAUGAUUGUGGAUAGGGGUAUGGUGUUAGGGGUACGGUGACCCUAGCUCAUCAAGCUGUUAACUCAGCACUUCCAAGAGGCUUUUUGGAAGGAUAUUUUUACUUUGAUGUUUUUGGCACUUUAUUAUUUAUUUUUUACUGUUGGAAAAAGCUUUUCCAGUGUUUGUUUUUUGGGGGGGAAAUAAAAUAAUGGGACAGCUAGUUUAUGGUCAAGUGGAAAAAAAAUGGAAUGAAUUGUUAAUCCUGCUUUUUUUUUUUUUUUAAAUGUCAGUUUAAGUUCAUUUGGGGAGUUUAUUUUAUUACUGUAAAUUUAAAAUAUGUUUGGAAUUUUUUUUCCUUUUUUCUUCAAGAGAACAUUUAUUCAACCAAAUCGUAUGCCUCGGCAUUUCUUUUGCAUUUCUUAUACAUGUUUUAUGUAGAUAAAAUGUAAUGGUUGAAAAUGAUUGCAAAUGCAAUAUUGGACUGUAGGUUAUUGGAUGUCUCAAACCACCCCCACAUGGUUUCAUCUCCUCACCUUUAACCCAGAGCUUCACCACAUGGUUUUCUUCAGCACAUAAGAACUAUAGUGUCAAUAUUAGACCAAAUAAUUAAACCAUGUUUCUCGGAAAUGUC